CCGGCUUCUGCGGCCUGAGGAGGCGCAGGCGAUGGUGCCGGCGCUGCGUUACCUGGGCAGGGUCUGCGGACGAGCCCGCGGGGGUUUUCCCGGGGGCUUCUCCGCGGCGUGCGAGCCCUGGCUCCUGUGCCAAGGUGGCCGCAGAGCCAGCACCAGCUCAUUUGAUGUAGUCAUUGUUGGUGGCGGAAUUGUGGGGCUUGCCUCUGCCAGGGCACUCAUCCUGCGACAUCCAGCACUUUCCAUUGGUGUUCUGGAAAAGGAAAAAGAUUUAGCUGUUCAUCAGACUGGACAUAACAGCGGUGUCAUACAUAGUGGAAUUUAUUAUAAACCCGAAUCUCUGAAAGCGAAGUUAUGUGUACAGGGCUCAGCCCUUAUCUAUGAGUACUGUACCCAAAAGGGGAUCUCCUACAAGCAAUGUGGCAAGCUUAUAGUAGCUGUUGAACAAGAAGAAAUUCCCAGACUUCAGGCCCUAUACGAGAGAGGCCUGCAGAAUGGAGUCCAGGGCCUGAGGCUGAUCCAGCAGGAGGAUAUAAAAAAGAAGGAGCCGUAUUGUAGGGGUCUAAUGGCUAUCGAUUGUCCAUACACUGGCAUUGUGAACUACCGGCAGGUGGCUUUGUCAUUUGCCCAGGAUUUCCAAGAAGCAGGUGGCUCUGUUUUGACCAAUUUUGAAGUGGAAGAUAUUGAAAUGGCUAAAGAAAGUCCUUCAAGAAGUGAAGAUGGAAUGAAAUACCCGAUUAUUAUAAGGAAUACAAAGGGAGAGGAGGUUCGAUGUCAGUAUGUUGUGACAUGUGCAGGACUUUACUCAGACCGUAUUUCAGAGUUGAGUGGCUGCAAUCCCAAUCCUCGAAUUGUACCAUUCCGGGGAGAUUACCUGAUCUUGAAGCCAGAAAAACGCUAUCUUGUAAAAGGAAAUAUUUAUCCGGUCCCAGAUAGCCGAUUUCCUUUCCUAGGAGUUCACUUCACACCGAGGAUGGAUGGCAGUAUUUGGCUAGGGCCAAAUGCGGUUCUUGCCUUUAAACGAGAGGGCUACAGACCCUUCGACUUCAGUGCCAGAGAUAUUAUGGAUACAAUUAUCAAGAGUGGCUUGAUUAAACUGGUGUUCCAGAAUUUUUCCUAUGGAGUUAAUGAAAUGUACAAAGCCUGUUUUCUCAGUGCAACAGUGAAGCACCUUCAAAAGUUUAUCCCUGAAAUUACUGUCAGUGAUAUACUCAGAGGUCCAGCUGGAGUAAGGGCUCAAGCCCUGGACAGAGAUGGAAAUCUCAUAGAAGACUUUGUAUUUGAUGGAGGAGUUGGCGAUAUCGGAAAUCGCAUUCUUCAUGUGAGAAACGCACCUUCCCCUGCUGCCACUUCGUCCCUUGCCAUUUCUGGAAUGAUUGUAGAUGAAGUGCAGCAAAGAUUUAAAUUGUAAAUAAUGAAAGCUAGGUAUGCAUUUUAAUCUCCACAUUCAGCAGUAGGGAUGUAUCAAUUGCAUUCUUUAAUUUUAAUUUAAGAAAAAUGGUUUGAAAAUAACAUUUUUAGUUAUGUCAUUAGGUAACUGCUGAAUUUUUAAAUGAUGUAAUGUAGAAAUAAUAAUUUUUUAAAGUACAUGCUCUUAAAGAAGGUACAGUUUUAUCUGUCCUGAAUUCCUGAUUUUGUUAGUGACCCAUCUUUACCAACCAUGAUCUAAAGACUUGGCUUUUUUAGCAUUUCUGGGAAAGAUGGCAUGAAAAAUUGAUUAUUCCCUUAACCUUUGGCUUUGUGGUAUCCAAGCUUUUUUGUCUUUCCUAGACAACAUAUAGUAUAAUGAAGGUUGUAAACCUCCUUUUAAUUUUGAAGAGUCAUAGAAAAGUUCACAUUACUUAGAGUAACAAUAUUCGUAUUUGGGAAUUUUUAAUUCUUGAUUUAAAAAAUACAUGAAAUUUCAUAUUUCAAAGUAGGUUGAAUAAGAUUCUAUCUUAUCUAUAUUUGUAAGAAAUAACUUUAGAAAAGAAACUCGAAGCCUUUAUUUUUCCCAGUUUCUUUAUAAUUGACUUGGUCUAGUGUCAUCACUAAAAUCGAAGUAGCAGUACACUCAAUGGUUUUGCCUGCUCUUCAGCCUUCUGUGGUUGAGAAAAUAAAGCAACUUAGAAUGCUGACACUGAUAUGCAGAACUCUGUAAUUUGAAAAAGUAUUUACCUCUUAUAUCUCUGUUCUUCAGUUAAACCAGCAUUCUCAGAUGUUGGCCAAGAUCACUAAUGAUUCAUGCCUACUUGACUUUUCAGGACUCCUGUAAACUUUUAUGAGGAUAUUUCUUCAUUUUGAGGAGAUACCUAAUUUUGAGGCAUUCACUUUUGUAAACCGCAGAAGUGCCUUACAUUCAUGUGUACUUCAUGAGUAUUUUAAAUUGUUGCUCAGUGCCAUACUGUAUUCUGUGUACUGUAUAUAUGUGUGCGUGGUAUCUGUUGAAAUGAUUCUUGCAAUUCAGAAAGUUGAAAAAUAGAAAUAUAAGUGAAAAUAUGGUAGAAUGUGGGGGAACUUCUAUUGUAGAACCACUGUUCAGGUGAGACAUUUUCAUCCAUUCCCUCACAUAUCGUCUCUCUGGAUUAAUCGUCUCUUCAUUUUUCCUUUCCUCUUGUCUCUCCAAAGCUGAAUGAUGGAUGAGUUAGAAAGAUGUGCAUUUUGGUUGAUAGGAAAACUUUUGUCUUCUUCCUUUUCACUUCAAGCCUCGGCGAUGACGUUGAUUGAGCUACCUCACCAGUUAAUUUGAAAGGCUGCACAGCAUCAGUCAGCUCAUGUUCAAGAAUAGCACAUCCCAGGUAAAUAGAUUCAGCAGUUAUUCAACGCUUGGGAUGAGCAUAUAGAAAGCAAUUAGAAAGCAUUCAGAGGAAACAAGCCCUAGUGGUUCUUCCUAGCAACUGAUUCCUCCCAGAAAUGUGACACACAGGGUAUUUUUCUGUUUCAUUACAAGACUGUUAACAUAUAGAAAACAUUACAGUUCUCUAUUUCACCAACAGUAACAUUGCAUAUACACUAAGCUGUGAAAGACUGAAAUUACAAAAAUAACCAUCCUAAUUAAAGCAACCCUCAUUCCAUUUGAGUCUUUACCAUACCCCCUGAAAACACAAGUGAAAAAGUUAUUUCAAGUGUUUUGAAUGUGUAGAUUAUUCUAUUUUUAAAACAUUUUGUAUUUAUGUCAAUAAAGAAGAAUUGUAUAUUAAUAUUAAAAAUAUUUUAAUGAGC